AUGUCUGAACAACUAGAAGACUUAAAUCAAUCAUUCAACAGUCAAAAUAACAAUAGUAAUACUGAAGAUAAAAGUCUCCCUGAUGAAGGACUUGUUCUUAGUAAAUAUUUAUCAUCGAAUCUGGGAUUUAUAUUACUUGGAAUAUUACUUGGCAUAUUAUUGUUAUUAAUAUUUACCUGUCUACUUUAUCGUCGAUAUCGAAGCCAGUCUGGAUUAUUAAAAAGUAAAGGCAACGUUAAUAAGAAUAAGAAUAAUGACAGUGAUGAUAUUGUUGAUGAUGAUGGUUAUAUCAGGAUAAGUAAUUCAGAGUGUACUCCAUUGACACAAUCUACAAAACAUCAAAUAUCUGAGCCAUAUACGAAAACUGAUAAGCUUAAAUCUCAGUUAUUUAUGAUGCAGAAUUUAUCUAAUGAUAAGACAACAAUCUUUUCAAUGGAAAAUGAAAGUUUUGAUAACACGGAUAAUGAGGUAAAUGGAUACGCGUAUAAUUCUGGUUAUCCUACACGUCGUCGUUUAGCUAAUUAUGUUAAACCAAAUGUCAUACAAUCGACACAACAAUAUGUUGAGUCUGCUGAAUUGAAAAGAAAAACUGAAACUUCAUGCCAACUGGAUACAUCGUAUAAUGACCAAGAAAAGUCAGGAUCUCAGUUAGCAGUGGAAAUGACUCGAAAAGCCAUUCGUCGUUCCAGUAGUACACCAAAUAUGAUGAAUUUAAUGAAUCAGCCAAAAUUACUUGAGGCUGAAAUCAAUCAUACAUUCGAUACUGUUGGAUGUAUUGCUGAUACAUCAUUGGAUGAUUCCGAGUUAUUCAAAAUUGGUGAGAAUGAUGACAGCUAUGGAGAUAUAACAUUGACUGAGAGUACAGAAGACACGAAUGAUGAUAACAAUGGUGACAAUAAUGACACCAAUGACGCCAAUGAAUUGUCUCAACACUUAAACACACAUAUCCCAUUGAUACCUAUUAAUCUUCCACAGUGGGCUAUUGAAAGAGGCAUACCAGAAAGAGGUUUUAUUACAUUCACAGUACAGAUAGAAGGUGAUAUACAGAAUAUCAGAAACAGCGCAUAUUUAUGCGUGCGUAUUCUUGAUGUACGUUGUGUACUGAGUAGAAAUUUUGAACCAAAGGCAGGAAAAUUCUAUGUGAAAGUUCGACUUCAGCCAAUCAACUAUAAUAAUAAUGGAAAGAAUUCAGUAUCACUACUAUCUUUGGAUCAAAUAUCAAUGAAAUCAUUGAAAACUUUAUCUGAUAAAAUGGAUAUACUUUCAGUGAAAAGAAAGUCUACUGUAACGACUGGUCGUACACCUGUGAAACGUGCUUAUCGUUCACCAGUCUUCCGACAUAAAAUUCGAUUAAAUUUACCAGCAGAUAUUGUUGAAUGCAUGACCAACUCAUCGCAAACUGUAUUCAAUCAGUCAAUGGAGUCGAUUUCAUCAUCACAUAGUGUAGAGUAUUAUGGUGUACAGAAAUAUGAGCUUAAAAUUGACUUAAAAGAGCGUAGUGCUUGUAAAACAAAUGAUCUUCAUGGUACUAGUACUGUUCAAUAUUUGCCACACUGGAAAUCCUCUCAGAUAGUUGGUACUGUACGUCUUCCUUUAACACCUAAAAUGUGGCAAUAUCUAUCAGAAGAUCCUACGGAUCAUCGACGUUCUACGGUGAUUGAUUUGACAACAUCAAAAGUGAAAGAAGAGGCUAAGUGUUCACCGGAAAUACUUCCAAAUAAAACAUUAUGGUUUGUGAAAUGUUUACAAGUACCAGAUGAAAAUGCAAUUUCACGAGGAGAGAUCACCUUUGGAAUGCAGUAUAAUUCAGACAAUGGUAGUUUGACAAUUAGUCUUUUCAACUGUGCUGCGAUGAACUUACCCAAGGGAACAAAAAUGAAAUUUCCCUCUCUUAGUGAUAAUUCAAACUGA